AUGUCUACUCUCCGUCGCCGCUUUGCCAACAUCAUUCGCGAAUCACCUACACCCUCCUCCGAGCCUAGUCGCGAUGGGACGCCAGAUCCCAACGAGGAACUGAAACUGGUCUCGAGUAAGAAGCUGGAAAAGCUCAAAACAAGGAGACACAGCAAGAGGAGGUCCGGCAUCACGUUUGGCCUGGGUGGUCUGCUGGGCCUAUUGUUGGCUCUGCUGUUCGCUCAGUCGCAAGAUGUUAUCAAAUUGGAAGGUUUGCUGGAGGUCAAUUUAGACAGCCUGAUGGAUGUCAUUCCUGCAGGCAUAGUAAAUGAUGUGAAGGACCUCUCGAGAGCAGAACGAGAUGUCGUCAACUACGACUCGUUCUCCGUCGGUCUCCAUCUACUCUCCCAGGGGGUAAAAGCGCACCAUCCCGUCAUCAUGGUACCAGGAGUGAUAUCUACAGGGCUGGAGUCUUGGUCGACAGGUGAAAAGUCCAGACAGUACUUUCGUAAGCGGCUAUGGGGAUCAUGGUCAAUGAUGAGAGCUCUGGUAAUGGACCAAGCGGCCUGGAAGAAGCAUAUCAUGCUCGACAAAGAAACAGGACUCGACCCUCCGGAUAUCAAGCUGCGAGCAGCGCAGGGGUUCGAUGCCACCGAUUUCUUCAUUACCGGGUAUUGGAUUUGGAACAAAAUCCUCGAAAAUCUCGCCACCAUCGGAUACGAUCCCACGAAUGCGUUCACUGCCGCUUACGACUGGCGUCUGUCCUAUGCCAACCUAGAGCACAGAGAUCAAUACUUCACAAGGCUGAAGAAUUAUAUCGAGGUGGCGCAAAUGACCACUGGGAGGAAGGUUGUCCUUGUCUCGCAUUCUAUGGGGAGUCAAGUUCUUUUCUACUUUAUGAAGUGGGUAGAACACAAGGAUCAUGGAAAAGGAGGCCCUCAAUGGGUAAACAAGCAUAUUGACUCAUGGAUUAACAUCUCGGGCUGCAUGCUCGGGACGGCCAAGGACAUUCCAGCGUUGCUCUCUGGCGAGAUGAAGGACACGGCCCAGCUGAACGCCUUUGCAGUUUACGGCCUCGAAAAGUUCUUGUCCAAGGAAGAUCGCGCUGAAAUCUUCCGCGCCAUGCCUGGCAUAUCGUCAAUGCUGCCCAAGGGUGGAGACGUCGUAUGGGGGAAUACUACAUGGGCCCCAGAUGAUCUAUCGCCACCUAUCCAGAAUGGAACACACGGAACUUUCAUCUCAUUCAAGCCGCGCGGCAAUCUCACAGAGACUGUCCGCCAAAACCUCACCAUGUCACAGGCUUUCGACUAUCUCAUGGACCAUGCGGAGCCAUGGUAUGUCGAGCAAGUCAAGCACUCGUACUCUCACGGCGUCGCUCAUUCCAAGGCCGAAGUCGAACGAAAUGAAAAUAACCCUCUUACCUGGAUGAACCCCCUGGAGUCGCGGCUCCCACACGCGCCUGACAUGAAGAUCUACUGCUUCUACGGCAUCGGCAAGCCUACCGAGCGCUCAUACUUCUACAAGGAACAUAUCCAGCCGCUGAAUAAUGGGUAUAUCAACAUCUCGAUCGACACCAGUGUUAACUCUCCCAAUGGCCGUCUUCAACAGGUCGGCAGUGUCGACCACGGAGUCGUCUUCGGGGAAGGUGACGGUACAGUCAACCUCAUCUCCACAGGAUACAUGUGCGCAAAGGGGUGGCGAGGAAUCAAACGGUACAACCCUUCAAACAUCAAAAUCACAACCUUUGAGAUGCCCCACGAGCCAGAUAGAUUCAGCCCUCGUGGGGGGCCUAAUACUGGCGAUCAUGUCGAUAUACUGGGAAGAAGCAGUUUGAAUGACCUGAUUCUGAGAGUUGCCGGAGGGAAGGGCGAGCACAUUGAGGAGAACUAUGAGAGUAGGAUAUGGGAGAUCAGUGAGAAGGUGAAGAUCUAUAAUGAGGAAUGA